GGCACAUCGAUAAAAUCGGUUUCAUCAAGAAUGCAUCUGAGGUCACGCUGGGGGAUUGACCUUGGGUGGUGAGGCCGCAAUAUGCCGGCGCAGAAGUUUGCUGGGGCGCUUGGAAUACCAUGGCAGAUUUCGUGAGGAGAAGGUCCGCCUCAUCAUGGUCCGCGGCACUCCUGAGUCUGCAAACCGCAUUCGCGGUUCCGGUGUUCCGCGUCCGUCCGAAAUUGCCGUUCCGACGACCAGCGACAUCAAGUGGUCGCAGUCGCGGCGGCAGGCCACGCACUUCGUUUCUGCAGGAGGAGGCUGACACCGUUCUACUUUCGGCGUCAGCGAAGCGACGGAAAACUAGGAGGACAGAAAACGGGCAAUGUGCUGCCCUGCCCCGGACCCUGGACGCUCUCGCGGAUCCGUUUCCCGACCUGAAAACCGCGAUUUACGUGCAGUGCAACGUAAAGAUAGACCCCGAGAAUGUGGAGGAGUCGCUUUCUUGCGCGCAGACUUGUCCCGCGCAGCGGUACCGGUUGCAGACCGAGCUGCGCAGCCGCGAGAGCCGCGUGCUGGCAGGCACGAGCGGGCUCGAACAGGAAACCGAAAAAGAGGAGUAUUACGACUGGCUUGGUGAGGUCUGGAACCACCAUGCCAGCGACGGUACCAUUUUCGGCAGCUCCUCUGUAUUACCAGCACAACUUGCGGACGAUGUCGAUGAAAGUAGAAGUACGUCGCCGUCGCAAAAACAUCAUCGGCGGCCUGGUCACUAUCACAAAAGCGCAGACUUCAACAACGAUCUCGCGCUGGCGGAGACGGAGCGGCGCGCCAUCGGGGACGCGACUACCGAUCAGAUGUCGCCGGCCGAGGUGGAAGCGCUCCUGGAUACGGGGAACAAGUUGAUUGAGGACUCGAAGCGGAAGCUGAAGGAGAGGAUCUCCGCGCUCGACCUGGCCUACAAG